AUGGAUAGGAUCUUUGGAAAGAAGAAAGCAGCUGCACCUGCGCCUACGUUAUCAGAUGCGAUAGCAGCGACAGAUGGGCGUGCGGCGGCCAUAGAGAAGAAGAUCAAUUCUCUCGAUGCCGAAUUGCUAAAGUAUAAAAAGCAGAUGGCGAGUAUGAGGGAAGGUGCCGGUAAAAACCAGGUGAAGCAGCGGGCCAUGCGAGUGUUGAAACAAAAAAAACU